UAAGAUUUAUAAAUUACAGUAACCAAAGUCCAAAACUGAAUUAGUAUCGUACGAACCACGCGUUGGUUGUGACUUGUGUCGAUAAAAAUUUUUUGCGCACGUGAUAAAAGUACGAAGAAAACAGAAAUAAUUUGAUUGUUUGUAUGAAUUGUUUGAAGAUGUUCUAAAAGUGUCAUUUUGUUUUUAAUGCGGUGACACAAUGGCGAGGCUGGCAUAUAUUUUCGUUGCUUUGCUGUCGUUGGUAUACGUUAGUAGCGCAUACAAGAUAUUAUUUGUGAGUCCACUCAAAGGAAAAAGCCAUGCGAUCCUCGCUGAAGGGAUACUGAAGCCUUUGCUGAAAGAUGGACAUGAGAUAACUUACGUGUGUGGUCUACCUCCUGACAAACCAUUACCAAAAGUUACCCUAGUAGAGACCACUUAUAAGUAUCAAUCAACUGAUAAAGAUUCCUCCUUCAGCUUAUCAGAACAAAUGUCUAAGAAGAUGUCAAUCAAGGACUUGACUAAGAUGUUCGGUCUUCUCUCUAAUAUCACAAACAGUGUCAUGAGGGAGACGUCCGUCCAAGCUCUCAUUAACGACCCUAAGCAGCAUUUCGACGUCGUUAUAGCCGAAUGGUUGUACACCGACAUAUAUGCUUCGUUUGCAGCAAUAUUCGACUGUCCAUUGAUCUGGUUGUCCAGUUGUGAGCCCCACUGGAAGAUCUUGAGGAAUGUAGACGAAGCCACCAACCCCGCUUACACGACUGACUUAUUCUCAAACAAUAUCCCACCAUUCUCGUUCACACAACGUCUCACAGAAUUGGGAUUCCAAAUCAUGGGUCAUUUUAUAGAUUACAUGUAUUUCGCUGACACAGAAAAGGAGAUUUACGAUCAAGUUGUGGCUCCUGCUAUACGUAAAAGAGGUAGACCAGUGCCAAACCUCGAAGACGUCAAAUACAAUGCCUCCCUGGUUUUGGGUAAUUCCCAUAUAUCUUUGGGCAUGCCAAACAGACUUCCUGAUAGCUAUAAGCAUGUAGGAGGAUAUCAUAUCGAUAAAGAAGUCAAACCUUUGCCAGAGAAUCUAAAGAAAAUAAUCGAGGGUUCCCCGAAUGGCUUCAUUUACUUCAGCAUGGGUUCGAAUCUGAAGAGCAAGACUUUGCCAGACGUGAUCAAGCAGGAUCUGGUCAAGAUGUUUGGUAAACUCAAACAGACUGUGAUCUGGAAGUUCGAAGAAGAUCUACCGAAUAGACCCGCUAAUUUGCACAUAGUGCAGUGGGCGCCACAGCAGAGUAUACUAGCCCACGAGAAAUGUCUUCUAUUCAUCACUCACGGCGGUCUUCUCUCUACUACCGAAUCCAUCCACUUCGGUGUCCCAAUCGUUGGAAUACCAGUAUUCGCUGAUCAGUUCAUAAACGUUGCGAGGGCAGUCAAAAAAGGUUUUGCCAGGAGGGUUGACCUAUCCUAUUCCAUGGUUGGCAAACUUCACGAAGAAAUCAAUGUCGUAUUAUCGGAUCCUUCUUACAGACAAAAGGCUAAAGAAUUGUCUUUCAUCUAUCACGACCGACCAGUGACACCGUCUGCAGAACUGGUGCACUGGAUCAACCAUGUUGUGAAAACCAAAGGCGCCAGACACCUUCGCUCACCAGCACUCGACGUAGCCUGGUACCAGAAGACCUACCUAGAUCUAGCACUUGUGUUGCUAGCAAUAGUUCUAGCUAUUGUCUAUGGCAUUAAAUUCCUGAUAAUAAGUUUAUUCAAAUCAACGAAGAAGCCGCAAAGUAGUAAGAAGAGAAAUUAAUGCUAAAAACAAAAGUGCCGUUGCUUGUAAAUAAUGAUAUUAUACCAUAUGUUUUGAAAAAGUAUUUAUUACUAAUUGUACGUUUGUAUGUAAUGUUUUGAAAAACUAUUAUUGAUUGAAUUAUUUACAAGAAACGGCACUUUUAUUUUUAGCAUUAAUUUCUUGUCAACUGACAAAGAUGCUAAUGUAUUUGAAUGAUUGAUAUAGGAUUUACUAUGUGAAUGGGAAAAUAAAACAAUUUUAAAA